AUGAACCAGAGGACAGGAACCAGAGGACAGGAACCAGAGGACAGGAACCAGAGGACAGGAACCAGAGGACAGGAACCAGAGGACAGGCACCAGAGGACAGGAACCAGAGGACAGGAACCAGAGGACAGGAACCAGAGGACAGGGACCAGAGGACAGGCACCAGAGGACAGGAACCAGAGGACAGGGACCAGAGGACAGGGACCAGAGGACAGGGACCAGAGGACAGGGACCAGAGGACAGGCACCAGAGGACAGGAACCAGAGGACAGGGACCAGAGGACAGGGACCAGAGGACAGGGACCAGAGGACAGGGACCAGAGGACAGGAACCAGAGGACAGGAACCAGAGGACAGGAACCAGAGGACAAGAACCAGAGGACAAGAACCAGAGGACAGGAACCAGAGGACAGGAACCAGAGGAGAGGAACCACAGGACAGGGACCAAAGGACCAGAGGACAAGAACCAGAGGACAGGAACCAGAGGACAGGGACCAGAGGACAGGAACCAGAGGAGAGGAACUAGAGGAGAGGAACCAGAGGACAGGGACCAGAGGACAGGAACCAGAGGACAGGAACCAGAGGACAGGAACCAGAGGAGAGGAACCAGAGGACAGGGACCAGAGGACAGGAACCAGAGGACAGGGACCAGAGGACAGGGACCAGAGGACAGGAACCAGAGGACAGGAACCAGAGGACAGGAACCAGAGGACAGGGACCAGAGGACAGGCACCAGAGGACAGGAACCAGAGGACAGGAACCAGAGGACAGGGACCAGAGGACAGGGACCAGAGGACAGGGACCAGAGGACAGGGACCAGAGGACAGGAACCAGAGGACAGGAACCAGAGGACAGGAACCAGAGGACAAGAACCAGAGGACAAGAACCAGAGGACAGGAACCAGAGGACAGGAACCAGAGGAGAGGAACCACAGGACAGGGACCAAAGGACCAGAGGACAAGAACCAGAGGACAGGAACCAGAGGACAGGGACCAGAGGACAGGAACCAGAGGAGAGGAACCAGAGGAGAGGAACCAGAGGACAGGGACCAGAGGACAGGCACCAGAGGACAGGAACCAGAGGACAGGAACCAGAGGAGAGGAACCAGAUGA